AUGGGUUCUCGCAUCAAUACAAUCUUGAUGAUUGGGGGCACUUCUGGGAUUGGAGAAGCAUUCGCUCGGCGCUUCCAUAACGAUGGCAAAAAGGUGAUUAUCACUGGUCGCCGAAACGAACGUCUGUCAUUACUACAAAGCGAACUCUCAGGAGUGGGAACUCGGCAGUGGGAUUUGUCUGAUGUCGCAGGGCUACAGCAGCAUGUCGCAGAGAUUAUCGCAGAGUACCCCGCCUUAGAUACGAUCUUCAUUAACGCUGGUAUACAGAGGUCAUUCUCUUUGUUAGACCCGAAGACAACAAGUUCUGAAAGUAUUUCUUCUGAAAUCAACGUGAACCUGACCAUUCCGGCACUCCUGAUGCACCUGUUUGUCCCGCAUUUGAUAAAGAUUGCAUCUGCUGGGAGUCCUGCCAACUUGUUGGUCACUAGCUCAACUCUCGCCUACUUCCCCUUUCCGUUCUACCCAGCUUAUUGUGCCUCCAAGGCUGGUGUUCACGGUUUAUGCGUUACACUCCGAGAGCAAUUAGGGUUUGCACCAGACAAUAUCCGAAAGAACCUAAAUCUCGUUGAAGUUGUACCGCCUUAUACAGACACGGAGCUGGAUUCAGAGCAUCGCAGUGCUGUGGUAGCAAUGCAAGGAGAAAAUGCCCUGGCGCCUAUGCCGCUUGCUGAAUAUAUCGACAAAGCUUACACCAGCCUCAAUGAGUUAGAUCAGGAGGGGCAGAUGAAGAAAGAGGUCGGGUGGGAUGAAGUCGUUGCUUGGACAUUGACAUCUUCAUUUGCAGUAUGCUGCCUUCCGUUCCUUGUGGCUUUCGAAGAUGAAAGCUUUGAAGUCAAGGCCCACAAGCGCGUCAACACUUUUUACACUACAGGUCGAAUGAGGCAAAGAGAGCGAGACUAUGAGGACGGCUCCCCCGGCGCUUUAUCAUCUUUAGAGAGUCAGCUGCUUCUCACGGUCAAUCGCACAGGGUCUGGCAGUACCUAUCUCAAGCUUCGAGAGCACAGCGCUAGCAGGGGAUAUCAGCGCUUGGAAUACCGAGACAAGACUAUGCUUACCAACGAAUACAGUAACUGGUAUGCUAUUGUUCGAGUUACUAGCGUCGAGAUCUUAGUAGACCCCGUCAGCCCGGACUUCCAAGAACGUCUGCAGAGAUGGACUGACAUCAACCGGCAAGAGCCAACAGCGAUCAUCCUUCCAAGCACGGAAGGCGAGUGUCUCAAAGUUGUGCAAUGGGCUUUGAGGAGCUCUAUUCCGUUCGUAGCAAGAAGCGGCGGCCACAGCGAGUGGUCGACUAUCGGCAAAAAUGGCGUGAUAAUCGACCUUGGUCAGUACAAGAGCGUCGAGGUAGAUGAGGCGAAUCGGACGGCUAUUGUUAAGGGCAGCAUACUUAGCAAGGAGGUUGCUGUUGCGCUAGCAGAUGUUGGCCUGUUCACAGCCCUGGGAAACGGCAAUACUGUGGGCGCAAUCCCUUAUUUUCUCAACGGCGGAGCUUCUAUAACGACGUCCAUUACCGGCUUUGGCGCGGAUCAAAUCCUUGCUGCACGACUCAUCACCGCCUCGGGUAAACUCAUCGAGGUCAACAAAACGCAGAAUGCCGACCUCCUCUGGGCCAUUAGAGGUGCUGGUCAGUUCUUUGGUCUUGUGACAGAGCUGACAGUCAAGGCAUACCCAAUCUCCGCGCUUGGUAAUGACAGAGGGGUCAUUUGGUCGGGAAGCUUCGUAUUCGCCUUGGACAGAGCAGGCGAAGUGGCAGCGGUGAUGAAAGACUUAAUGGACAAUGGCCACCAUGCAACAGCUGGCCUCUUGAUGGUCAUGGCACCUCCACCGACACGCCAACCGUCACUUAUUGUGGCCGCGCGAUACACGGGAGAUCCUCGAGAAGCUGCUGCUGCUUACCAGCCUUUGUAUGACCUAAAGCCCAUUGCGACGCCUGGUGGCGAAGUACCUAUUCAGAACGCCAGUGAUGCUCGCAGCGCACUUGGAGCCAAGGGAGAUUUCAAACGAUUUGGUGUGGUAGGACUUCAUCGCUUCGAACCGGAAGCUUUUCUGAAGACAGUCGACGUUUGGAAGGAGAUGGUUGCACAGUGUCCAGACGCCAUAAAUACGGCGUUCAAUUUUCAGUGGGAUGCAAGGCCACCCAGAAAAUCAGAACUAGGCUCUGCUCAUUCUCUACAGGACGUUCGGUACUGGCAGAACAAUCUCAUUUGGCAUACAGAAGUAAAAAGCCGAGCUGCUGUUGACGGUUUCAAUGAGAGAUGCAUUGCCAUCAUGCGAGGCCCGAACAUCGCAGACUAUGUGGAUUUCGCCAAUGGUACACGCGACGGUCCAAUCGAACGGCGUUUCCGCGGCAGAGAGAGGCUCGACAAACUGAGGCAAUUGAAGAGGACAUGGGAUGAAUUCGGGGUCUUUACUCGACAAUUCUUGGAUGAGUGA